AUGCAGAUGUACUGCAAUGAGGAAUCGACUGGCUACGUACACAGUAAGCAGGUAGAUAUCCAUACACAGAUGGCGUUGGACAUGCAGGCACCCGCAACCUUUCCGAGUCCGUUCUUCUCUUUACGAGCGGCCAAAUCCCCAUUUGCCCUCCACGUCGCUCGUUACAAACCACAAGAUACCUUUGCUGCUUUUUCUCACUCCGGCUGUGCCGUGCAACCUUCAUACUGCUUUACUAAUUUCAAGCCCACAUUUGCCACAAUCAACCUACCCUCGUUUCUGCAUGCCUCUCCACUGCUAGUCGUUCCACAUCAUCGCCAUCCCUCAUGGGAAAGUGUAAGCCAACCCCCAGCACGCACCAAGCGUUCACCCCCCGCUAACACGUCUUGGUAUGUAGGGAGAUAUGGUGUUGUCCUGGACGCCGGGUCUUCGGGGACGCGCGUCCACAUCUAUCGUUGGCUGAACAGCCAAAAAGCCCGCGAAAAGGCUUCCGACGCCCAACUGCACAGCCUGCCCGUCAUCGAGACGAAGAAGAAGUGGACCAAAAAGAUACAUCCAGGCAUCUCUACCUUUGGCGAACACCCACACGAUGUCGGCAUCGAACACCUCGAAGACCUCCUCAGCCAUGCGCUCAAGCAAAUACCCUCCGAAGACGUGCCCAAUACCCCGCUUUUCCUGCUCGCAACCGCUGGUAUGCGCAUACUCCCCGAGCGUCAACGGAAACAGGUGCUGAAAGAGGUGUGCGAUUUCACGCGCAAGACGACCAAAUUCCAAUUGCCGGAUUGCGACGUGCACGUUCAGGUCAUUCCGGGGGAGACGGAAGGGCUGUAUGGCUGGAUAGCGGCCAACUACCUUCUGGGUGGGUUCGACCAACCGAAAGACCAGGGGCACCACACGUAUGGCUUCUUGGAUAUGGGAGGCGCAUCUGCGCAAAUCGCCUUUGCGCCAAAUGCGACCGAGGCAGAGAAGCAUGCAAAUGAUUUGACGCUCAUGCGACUACGAACCCUCGGUGGCUCGCCCCUCGAAUACAAAGUCUUUGUGACGACCUGGCUAGGCUUUGGUGUAAACCAGGCGAGAGAACGAUAUAUCAAGGCUUUGCUGGAUUCGAGUACAUCGAAAGAACUACCCGAUCCUUGCCUCCCAACAGGGUUGAAAUUGGAAGUCACAGAGGACGGGAAAGUCAUUGAUCCAGAUUCAGACGACGAUUCAGACGACGACGACAAGCCAAAACCGAAAGCUGCGGCCAAGCUAAUAGGCACUGGGGGGUUUUCACAAUGCUUGCACCAGACAUAUCCAUUGCUGGAAAAAGAGAAGGAAUGCACAGACUCGCCAUGCCUGAUCAACGGACAGCAUGUACCUGCAAUCGACUUCAACGUGAACCACUUCGUAGGCGUCUCCGAGUAUUGGCACACAACCCACGAGAUCUUUGAAAAGGCAUACAAGGACAAGGCUUACGACCUCAAGACCUACCAAGAGCGCGUAGACGAGUUUUGUAACCAAGAUUGGAAAAGCAUAAAACAGGGCGUCAAGAGUGAGAAGUGGGGCAAGAAAGUCGAUGAAGAAAAGGCGCGCGAAGUCUGCUUCAAAGCAUCCUGGAUUAUCAACAUGCUGCAUGACGGUAUUGGCGUCCCCCGAGUAGGCAUCGAAGACCUCAAGGGCAGCCAAAACACCACCAAAGCCGUGCUGGACAGUGCAAAAGAAAAAGGCUUCACGGACCCCUUCCAAGCUGUGCACAAGAUUAAGGAUAUAGAAGUAAGCUGGACUCUUGGCAAAAUGGUGCUCUACGCCUCGAGCGAAGUCCCACCACCCGACGAGCAAGCCCUCGCUGUAGGCUUCGGCUCCAACGUUGCCGGCAUACCAGCAGACUUUCAAUAUCCAGGCGGAACACCACUCGUGUACGAGUCCGACAAUGACUGGCACCGCCUCUUUGUGGAGAAUCCCCAGCGCAUCCCAGCCUUCUUCAUCAUGAUAUUCAUGAUCAUCUUCAUCUUCUGCCUCAUCCUCGGCAAAGAGCGCCGAGCCACCGCGCUCAAAUCCCUCCUCCACCUCCUCCCCAAAAAACAGGGCAAAGAUCCGCUCCACCGUCGCCGUCGCGGCGGCUUCCCCCCACUCAAAAUGUUUGGCCUAGGCGCCAGCGCCCUCUCCAACCCAACCUACGAGCGCGUCGACCUCGAAGAAGGAGGCUCCACCGCCAAUGACUUUGAGCUCCAGGAAGCCUACCUCGACUCCUCGGACGACAACGAACUCUCCGAUUCCUCGGACGGCUCCAAACUCGGUCGCACCUCUGGCUGGGCGACGCCGCAGAUGAAGGUGGAUUCUACGCCCCCCGCCCCGGGCUCGUAUUUUGGCAGUGGCGAUGUGUUGGCGCAGGGUGUAGGCUUGGGCUUGGGGCCGAGUGCGUUUAAUCGCGCGGGUCUGAUGGCGAGGACGGAGAGUAGUGAUAGGGUGAGGAGUCGGGCGAGUAGUCCGAAGAGGGGAAGUAGGGGGUUGGGGAAGUUGGAUGAGUGA